UAUCAUGACGUUGUUCGACUCGAAGAUCUUCAAAAGCUUAUCGAUUGCUCUAACGUUCAGCCUUAUACCAUAAAUAGUGCCAAAGUCGUGUUCAUCAAGAAGAGACCUCAAAAUAGACAAUUUAAAGGGUCAGGAAAUUAUUGCACGUCUUGUGAUAGAAGCCUUCAAGAACCUUAUAUCCAUUGCUCUCUCGGGUGCAAGGUAGAUUUUGUGGUGAAGAAGAAGAGAGACUUGAGUUCUUAUCUUAGAACGUGCAAUUCUUUGGCACUUAGUAUGGAUUUUGUAGCGUUCGAAGAUAAAGGAGACGAUGAAAUGACCAACGAAACUCCUCGUUCGACCAUUGUGGACUAUGAAGAGGGGACGAGCUCGUCUUCGGGAUCAGAGAACAUGAGCAUCAUAGCUCACACGCCCAUUGUUAGGAAGAAAAGAACUGGUCUUUGUUCGUGUGGAAGAUUAAAUAGAAAGAUAUCUACUGAUCAAGACAUGGCAACGAGCAUAACCAUAAGUAGAAGGAAAGGCAUCCCUCAUAGAUCUCCCUUAUGUUAACAAAUUCUUCUUUUCUUUGGCUCGAAAUUGUUUUUUUUCGAUCACAUGACAAAUCUGAUCUUUAUGAUUUCGAGAAAGUUAGAAUUAGUCUCUGUAAUGUAAAAGUUAAAAAAAACGUUCAUAUGGGUUAAUAAA